ACUGCCCAAAUAUUAUUUUAGCUAUUAUUUUACUGGUUACACAGAACUAGUUACACCGGAUUGCAACUAUGAUGUGUUCAGACAUGUGGAUAAUUAGGACGGUGGAUUGGUGGAACCAUUAAAUCUUUACACAACAUACCUUACGGUAUUUAGCUACAUUUUUUUGUUCUGAAUUCAUAAUUCAAUGAUUGAUAUAGUAUUGAUACGAACUGAUUGUGAUUAUGAUAAUUGGGAAGAUAGAAGAUAAAGAGUAAUAAGAGUUUACUUCCCUUGUCAAAUCUUCUUAAUUCUGUUUAUUUUCUGCUGCCGUUUCACUUUACUGCUGAUAUUUAAGAGAAAACCCAAUUAAAUAUAUACAUGAUUGGUAAUUAACUACCUGAACAAACAGAUACGGCAUGUUUCAUGUUGACCUGAAAAAUAUAAAUCAAUAUUUGUUAUUAAAAUCAAGAAAUUCUCUUCAAGCUGUCAUUGUCCAGUCUGACUUAAACUCUCACUACUUCAACAUAGUCACAUCGUGUACGUCGACUCUUUCUCUCUACAUCUAUUUAAUAAUGGAAUAAUAGAAUUGUUACAACAGAAACAUCACCAGUAUAUUCAUCAUCUUUUAAAGACUAUUGGAAGAUUUUAUACAGAAUUGAUAUAACCGCGUUUAAUAGGAAACUGAGGUAAAAUAUUUCCUCUUGGGUGAGAUUAUAAACACCAUUUCUCUGUGUUUGUUCUCUGGAACAUGUACAAGACAAUCUUGCAUUCUAAAUAAAUUUGGAUUCGAUUUACAAAGGAGAUUGCAAUAUUUCCAAAUGACAGCAGAGAUUACAGUUGAUGGAAAUAUAGCUGGAGGAAUAUUUGUUGGAAGGAAACUAUAAACAUAAAAAGAAGAAAAGUUUGAAUAUAUUUCUGUAAAAGAGACAGAACUACGGAAAAAUUACUGAGGUGUAAAGUUAAAGAACUGAUUCUUUCCUGUAAAAAUGUCAAAAGAUUUAGUAAACCUUUAUCAUUGUGAUAUAUGUAAAAAGUCAUUUUCUCAGAAAGGAAACUUAACGACGCACAAACGUAUUCACACAGGAGAGAAACCAUUUUACUGUGAUAUUUGCAGUAAAUCAUUCUCUCAAAAUCAGCACUUAAUUAAUCACAAACGUAUUCAUACGGGAGAGAAACCAUUUCACUGUAAUAUUUGUAACAAAUCAUUCUCUCGAAGUCAUUUCUUAACUACUCACAAACGCACACAUACAGGAGAGAAACCAUAUCAGUGUGAUGUCUGCAGUAAAUCCUUCUCUCAAAGUGGUGACUUAAUUACUCACAUACGUAUUCAUACAGGAGAGAAACCAUAUCACUGUGAUAUCUGCGGUAAAUCAUUCUCUCGUACAUAUAGCUUAAAUAUUCACAAACAUAUCCAUACAGGAGACAAGCAAUACCACUGUGAUAUCUGUGGUAAAUCAUUCUACGGAAAUCAACAUUUAGUUAGUCACAAACGUGUUCAUACAGGAGAGAAACCAUUCCAUUGUGAUAUCUGUAAUAAAUCAUUUUCUCGUAAUUAUGAGUUGACUACUCACAAACGUAUUCAUUCUGGAAAGAAACCAUAUGUGUGUGAUACAUGUGGUAAAUCUUUCACUCGAAAUUAUGAUUUAACUAGCCACAGGAACAUUCAUACAGGGGAGAAGCCAUAUUAUUGUGAUAUCUGUGGUAAAUUAUUCUCUCGAAAUAUUGAGGUAAUUUCUCACAAGCGCAUUCAUACAGGAGAGAAACCAUAUCAAUGUGAUAUCUGUGGAGAAUCAUUCUCUCAGAGAAAUACCUUAACAGGACACAAACGUAUCCAUACAGGAGAGAAACCAUAUCACUGUGACAUCUGUGGUAAAUCAUUCUCUAUUGGAAAGACUUUAACUAGACACAAACUUAUUCAUACAGGAGAGAAACCAUUUCACUGUCAUAUCUGUGGUAAAUUGUUCUCUCGAAAUGAUAACUUAACUACUCACAAAUGCAUUCAUACAGGAGAAAAACCAAUGUGAUAUUUGUGGGCUAUCAUUCUUUCAAAGUGGUGAAUUGACUAGACAUAGAUGUGUUCAUACAGAACUGUAACUACUAUAUAUACUUGCAAAUGGAACAGUUUUUUCAACAAAAAUUUUGAUAUAAAUCAGGUGUGUGACUUAUCCAUUCGACAUCACAGGGAUCUGAAGGUGACAGCAGCAUAUCAAUAGACCCUGGGCUUUUUAGUUCUCAAGUUGUUAUAGAAACAUUUGAUUACUAGAAAGCGGAAACCGGAAGUUUGUGUGGUGGUCUUUUUGACAACAUUGAUUCGUUUCAGUUUUUAGUUUAAAAAUUUUAGUAAUUGCAAAUCUUUAUCAUGAGUAAGAGAAAGUGUUAUGAAGUAGGUUUAAAGUUGGAAGUGGUGGGUUAUGCAGAACAUGGAAACAGAUCUGCAGAAAAAGAGUUUGGUACAGUUCUACACUAUAUGCCCGUGGGCAUAUAGCAUAGUGAUUAAGAGCGUGGACUACUAACCCCAAGAUUCUGAGUUCAAUUGCAGGCAGUGACCUGAAUAAUAAUAAUAAUAAUAAUAACAACAACAUUGAAAAAUACCUUAGGAAUGAGAACCCGGGUUCAAAAUUUCCCAAGACAUCUAAUGAAGGCUGGAGGGUAUAUCAGCUGAAACGUUGUGGGUUAAGCUUAGUAGUAGAAUAGGUGAAGAAAACCUGGGGAUAGUAUCCCUGAAGAACUAAUUUUUAAAUCCUUCAAAAAAUGUGAAAUCACAAAUGCCAUGGAUGGCACUGAAAACGAUGUUUGAGGGUUUGGCUGGAUCAGUCACAGAAAAGACAGAGAAUGAGAAUAGAGUUGAACAUUAUAACUGAUGAUGAGUUAAAUGACUACUAUGGCAUGGCCGCUGAUGACGAGACAGUAACUGAUCAACAAAUGAAAAGAAUCUUUGACAUGAUGACAAUGAAGAAGUUUGGGGUUUCAAUCCUGAAAUAAAUAAAUACAUUUUUUAUAUAACAUUUUUUUGUCCUGUUUGUAAUUCUUGGCAUUUUUCUUGUCAAGUUGAUACUUAUUGUCUUUUGGGGUUUUUUUUUAGUUGAUUUCCACAUGAAGUCAUUUCCACAAAAAUGUUUUAAUACUUGUAAGCAAAGUUUUGAAAUAAAGGUGAAUAUUUGAUAAUAUUUAACAAA